AUGCGAAAUCUAGUCCCGUCUGCCAUCAAAAUUUCUACAUUAGAAACGCCUUACGAUGAGCAAACCUCCGACUCUGCCUCCAGUAACGGCAUUCAGGAAUCCAUCGUCGCCGCUGCCUUUGACGUUGACAGAGGAUUAAUUUUUGCCGCAUCGGAGGACGCACAGUUCGGCGUGCGGAUAUGGCGGACUCCCGUCGAUCCCUGCGAAUGGAAUGCGCCGAUUUUAUGUGGCUCCUUUAGCUCUGCCACCAAUCCGAAAGUUCUGUCUCUCCGAGUCAUAGCCGAAUCUGCACAGCUCAUCUUGGUGACAAGAAGUGGUGAUACGGUGUCCUGGGAGUUGGAUGAAUUGGGGGAACUCAUUAGCGGUCCAGAUAUUGUAGGAAGUGUUGAUUCGGGUAUAUUGGCUGUUGAAUGGAGUCCCGAUGACACGCUUCUUGUGAUGAUUACUGGUGAAGAAAAUCUCAUUCUUAUGACCUCCACAUUCGACGUCCUAUCCGAGGUACCCUUGCACACUGAAGAUUUUGGCGAAGAUGCUCCGAUAAACGUUGGUUGGGGUGCAAAGGAAACGCAAUUCCAUGGCUCCAUUGGAAGAGCACAUCUCAAACCCUCGGCACAGUCUUCAAAUCAAAUACAAGAAGACCCCCACGACAAUGGCCUCCCUCGGGUUAGUUGGCGCGGCGACGGAGCUUAUUUUGUGGUGUCCUCCCUCGCCAGGCAGUCCGGUGAUGUAAAAGGACGAGUUUUACGAGUUUAUUCAAACGAAGCUCGACUUCAAUCUACCGCAGAGAUAGUUACAGGCUUGGAACCGAGCCUAUCCUGGAGACCAAGUGGCAAUCUGAUUGCAUCUACGCAAAGAGAAAAUCGUGCAGGACCGUCAGAUACGCAGCGGACCGGAAAACAUGGUGUCAUUUUCUUUGAGCGUAAUGGUUUACCGCAUGGUGGAUUUAAUUUGCGAGGGGACGAUCGGGACUACCGGAUCAAACAUCUUGCAUGGUCAUCGGACUCAAAUGUACUCGCCGUUCACAUUGAACGGGCACAGGGUGAUGUUGUGCAAUUAUGGACUACUGGGAACUAUCAUUGGUAUCUCAAACAAGAGAUAUCGGCACCACUCUCGAGCCACUUUACGUCCAUAACUUGGCACCCUGAAGUGAACAUGCGGCUUCUUUUGACAUUGCCGCUGCAAAUCAUACAACAUGAUUAUGCAUGGGAGACAUGCGCUGGAGCUAACAGCACUGGCUGUGUCGGAGUCAUUGAUGGCCAGAAAAUUUUAAUCACACCAUUCCGCACGCAAAAUAUACCUCCACCUAUGUCAUCGCAUCAGCUGCUAGCGGAUACUCCCGCUGAUGCAACAUCCGAUUGCUUGUUCCUGUCCCAGGUACCACCUCACAUUUCGCUUUCGCAAUCACAUGAUCUUCUUGCUGCGGUAUGGCAAGAAGGAUACGUAAAGAUGUGGGCAUUGCAAACGCGAAUCACGCCGGGCGGGGGCGCGACCAUGAACCCAAUCCUUAUUUGGUCAGCCAGUUUGCCGCGGGGGCUCUGUCAUUGUCGCCAAGUGCUUGUCUCCGCCGAGAAUGAUGAUGAUGAACAUAGGACUAUCUCAGUUGCGAUACUCGGGUCUGACGUCAGUGGGAACGACCGAAUUGUUGUUCAUGACUUUGAGCAUGUCACUCUGUCGUUGACGUCAAUUUUGGCGCCAAGAAUAAGCAAUAUAUCGCUCCAGCAGAAGAAUGGUCGUCUCGUCCCACAUGCAGUUCCUGAGCAUCUUGCUUGGCAGGCUCCUGAUGGCUCCAUAUUCCAAGUCCAUAGGGAAGAAGAGUCAUAUUCGCAGAUUUGCUCUUUUACAGAGCACUGCCUCUCUGCCCAACGCGUGGAUGCCCAACUCUUUGUGGGUCUGUCCGCGGGGGGCAAGGUCUAUGCUGCAACCCCGAAUGCAGAUUCAACACCACUAGCCAGCAAUGUAAACUCUUUCACUGUUGCCUCCGGAUUCGUGAUUUUCACAACUACGUCACACGACGUGCAAUUCGCGCCUCUAGAGGGUGUACUUGCAGCCUUGACUUCAGGUCAAGUAUAUGGUAUGCUCUCGUCGAUCGGCGAUGAAAAUAAAACUAGCGAUCUCGCGUCGCAAGCUUGGGAAAAACGACGGGUGGAAAGAGGCUCGAGAAUCGUCACAGCGGUGCCAAGCACAAUGAGCUUGGUGCUACAAAUGCCACGAGGGAAUCUCGAGACGAUCAACCCGCGACCUAUGGUAAUGGAGGUCGUUAGAAGCGAUCUAGACGCUGGACUGUGGCGAAAGGCUUUCAUGGCUUGCCGUAAACAUCGCAUUGACUUCAGCAUCAUCGUCGAGCAUAACCAACAAGUCUUCAUGGCUGGUAUACCAGCGUUUGUGGAGCAGAUUGAAGAUGUUGACUACAUAAAUUUGUUUUUGACAAGUGUAGGGCGAAGUCAACUCCCUGCAGAGGUCGUGGCCAAUGUUUGCGACUCCGUGCGCCAAGAUUUAGAGGACAGGAAUUUGACGAAAUACGUCAACUCCAUCCUUACUGCGUACGUUGUCAAGUCACCACCAGACCAUGAAGCUGGCCUGGCGUUGUUGCUCCGCUUGCGAGGCGUUAGCCCAAGCUUGGUCGAAGAAGCCGUCAAAUAUAUCAUUUUCCUUGUCGAUGCAGAUCGACUAUUUGAUACGGCUCUAGGGAUGUAUGACUUCUCGCUUGUCCUUAUGGUCGCGCAACAUGCGCAAAAGGAUCCGAGAGAGUAUCUCCCGUUCCUUCGCGAGCUCAGGGCAUUGCCCCAGUAUUACCAGCGCUUUAAGAUCGAUGAUCACCUCAAGAGGCGCACGAAAGCUCUCCGCAACUUGAGUCUCGCUGGUCCUGAGUACUUCCAGGAAGCUCUGGAUUACCUAGACACGUAUCAACUACACGACGAGGCUCUAGCAAUUUGGCAAGGCACAGACAAGUAUUUGGAUGUUUUGGGCGUAUACGGCGCGUGGCUCUUUGAUCGGCACGAAUAUCAUCAAGCAGCUACAGUGUUCGUGGAAGCAUCAGAUGCAAGACGCGCUAUGGUAUCUUAUGAAAGGGCACUAGAAUGGCAGGAGCUGUUUGCGCUCUGUCUGAAUGAACAGCUAGACGGUGAUGAAAUCACGGAAAUUGCAUACCGCAUCGCUGAUGAGCUCUUCUCAAAGAAGCGCUUCAAUGAAUCCGCGCGGGUACUCCUCGAUUAUGCCAAAGACGUCCGACAAGCAGUGAAUUCACUUGCUCAGGGCAACGAAUUCGCCGAAGCACGGAGGAUAGUCACGUUGCACGCCAAGCCUGAACUCAUCGAUCAACUGCUUCUUCCGUGUGCUUUGGACUGUCGCGCACAGAUUGGCGAUGAUAUCAACGAGAUGCGGGGACAACUCCGUAAACAGGUUUCUCGAUUGACAGAGCUGCGGAUCAAGAAGGUGGAAGAACCAGAUGCGUUCUAUAACCUGGACGAUCCGACCCUUCAUAAUGUCGACGUCAUGACUGAUGUAUCUAUGGCGCCUACUACGUUCACGCGGUACACAGUAGCGCCCUCAGCCACUUCGAAAGCCUCAAAGCGAAGUUCUAAGACGAAGCGCAAAAUGGAGCGUAAGCUAGGUUCUGGGAGAAAAGGAACUGUCGACGAGGAAGAGUAUAUACUCAAGUCGGUCACGAAACUGGUAGAAAGAUGUGCCACUACUCAAGGAGAAAUCAAAAAACUGUUGCCGCAUCUCCUCCAGCUGUCUCAGGUUCACCGUGAAGAAGGCGCUGCUCUACAAGUCGAGUUUGAUCACCUGCAGUCUGAGUUGCGGCAGGCUAUCGAGGACAUCUGGAAGAAGCCUGACGAGCCAACGCCAGUGGAUUCUUGGGCUACAAGGAUGCAAGAGAAGGCGAAAGAACAGCUUGUUGAACCAUUGCAGCGGGUUUCCAAGCCAGAAAUGAGUACGUCAGAAUGGAGCUUGAAGCUACUUCAGCAUCUCAGGUUGGCAGUGUAA